CUGUGAAUCCAAACCAAUACAUGUGGAAUCAAAAUCAGUGGUCAAAAUAAAGUAUUAGGUUUUAAAAAUGAAUUAUUUAAGAGUUAUACGGAAUAAUUGGAAAAAAUGUACGUUCGGAGCGGCUGUGUCUGUUUACGCUCUGCAAUCGGUGAAAACGCAUAUUGAGAUUGAACAACAUAUGAGAUCAUUUGCUUCCAACAUUCAGGCAAAUUGGGUAUCAGAUCGACCGAAAAAGGUUCUUGUAGUUAUGAAUCCCGUGGCCAAUAAAAAGCGAUCGGAGAAAUUCUUCAAGAACUACUGUGAGCCGGUUUUGCAUUUAGCUGGCUAUUCGGUCGAGAUCCUUCGCACUAACCACAUUGGACAUGCAAAGGCUUACGUGGAAGAGAUGACUGCACUCCCGGAUGCGAUUGUGGUUGCCGGUGGCGAUGGAACCUCAUCGGAGGUAGUGACUGGGCUGAUGCGAAGGCGUGACAAUCUCUGCCCAAUUACUAUCCUUCCAUUGGGGCGUUCGGUUCAAUCCGCAUCCAAGCGGUUCAGUAUCUUUGGCGUGAAGGACGUGGCGUACGUCAAGAGUCUUUGUAGGGCUUUGGAACCCAUGCUUAGGGAUGAAAGCCAAUACCAAAGCGUAAUCCGCUUCGAUGUGAUUAACGAAGACGACGGCAGCGACAGCCAACUGAAGCCCAUAUUUGGCCUGAAUGGACUUUCCUGGGGACUACUCGAAAACAUUGACUCGGCCAAGGAUAAGUACUGGUACUUUGGUCCGUUCCGCCACUAUGCUUCCGCCGCCUCCAAAUCGUUUGCUGACAACUGGAGCCUGAAGACUGAAUAUGUGUACACACCCCCCUGCCCAGGCUGUAUUGACUGCGCUUCUGCUCAGCGCCAGGAAGUUGCUCUACCCUCUGGGCUCUUCACGAGAAACCUUUUCAAGUACCAGAAGAGCACGACCGAGCCAAAGAGGACGCUCGUUAAAAAUGAUAACUGCAGCAACCAGUUCAAAGGGAGCGUUGAGGCCAGCCAAAUAAACAUAAGUUGUGUUCAGAACCAGGAUAACUUUGCGGAGCUGGAGAGCCAAUUCAUAAGUUCUUUACAGCCGGGCUGGGAGUUCAUAAAGCAAAUACCACAGGUCACCUGCAGCAACAUCUUGCCUAACUUGGUGGUUAAGAGUCGAACUAUUCAAUUGCAUCCGGCCGGCGAAAUGGCAGACAAGUUCUACUCCAUCGACGGCGAGGAGUACGAUGCAAGACCCAUUAAGGUAUCUGUUGUUCCCAAUGCUAUUAAAGUUUUUUGUUAAAAUUUUAAACGUGUAUAUUAAUUAAAUCUUGAUUAAAUGGCGCUAUUAGUAUAGCAUAACACAUUCACAGCAAAA